GAGCACAGCAAAGCAGAGAAUGGUGUGGAAAGAACACCAAGAAGCAGUUGUCAAGAUCGAGUCGCAAAACGAAAAAGUUGUUCAAAAGUGUCGUAAAGUUCGGGACAAAAUUGUUGCUUGCAACGCGUCCCAAAACAAACCGUGCUGCAUCGGGCACUGGUUGCGGAAGGUGCACUCCUCCCCCCGCCCCGCGGAACCUGCGGACACACCGAGCGCGUCAGGUGCGGCACACGCAGCAACAGAGCAUCAGCAUUCGCAAUGCGUAUAACGCGAUACUCGCGUACGAGAGGGGGAGACUACUAUCAGCGCGGUGCCGCGAAACCGUACCGCAGGCGCGGUGCACACAAUGGACCGAUUCCAUUCCGGGACUACACCGGCCACAGUCAACCGGCGGCGUACUCCCCAUACCACGGCAGCGGGCAGGAGCGGCGAUAUCGUGGAGGGCCCUCGCCCUCGGACGACCGACUGCCGUCGGUGCCGCGCGACCGACCAGCGGAACGGGCGUCCCGCGAGCGGUACCGCACCGACGACUACUCCCGGCACAGCGUGAGCCGCGACCGCAGCCUCUCGUCCGUGCUGAGCGACAUCAGCUCCGGCAGCAGCUGCUUCGGGACGGUGCGGGCGAGCGAAGCGUACGGCAGCCCAGCGUACGAGGACCUCACCGACGAGGACAAACGGGGGUCGGUGGACGAGAUGACGGACUCGUCGAUGGCCCUGUCGCUGGCGCCGCCGCCCGUGCCGAAGCACAAGAAGCGCAAGAAAGACAAGCGCAAAAAGGAGAAGGCCCGCGAGCGGGAGCGCAAGCGGGCGAAAAAGGAUCGGCGCCGGCAGAAGGAAAUCCUCGAGGAGCGCAUCUGCCCGCCCGAGCACGACGUGGCCCAGUCGAAGGAGAUAUUCGCCUCCGGCCAGAACAUACUCGUCAGCGUCAGCUUCAUCGACAACGAGAAGGGCGGCAAGGAGCGGGGCGACCGGCACAAGAAGAGCAAGCGGAAGAAGGCGAAGCGGGAAAAGACGCGCGACAAGCUGAUCGUUACCAAAGAGGAGCGUGCGUCCGAUGCGGCAGCAUCCGGCCGCACUCCUCGCCGGAACAGCAGUCCCAGCCCGGCCAGCCGCGAGCUGGAGACGAAGGACGUGAAAGAGAAGUACAAUAUAAAGCAGCAGCAGCCAGCGCAAUCGGAGCAGGAGAAGAAGGGACAGGAGCAUGAUCCCAAGCAACUGCAACAGCAGCAGCAGGCGGAUAAGCAUCAGUCAACGGCGCUUCAAUCAGCCGAUCCGAAACCGCCGGCGACUAAGAAGAAGAAGCUCGAUCCGGGCGUCAAACCGGUGAUGGUCAUUGAUCUGGAGCGUUCGCCCGGCGGGCAGAUAAUCUCCAGCCCGAGGGAGGUGAUCGUGCUGAGCGACGAGGAGGGCAAACGGUCGAUGGUGCAGCGGCCCGGCAAGGAGGAAGCGAAGGCGAACGAGGCCGACCAAAGCAACCGUGGCCCCAAUACGCCCCCGGAACCGGCCCCCAAAUCGCCCGACUCGUACGAUCCGUUCGAGCCGACGAAAUCGUCCCCGAGCACCGCCAUCUCCCGGCACGACAUGGGCAGCAUAUCAUCGCUCAGCUUUCUCGAUCACCAUACCCACCACCAUCAGGACGAUCAGCAGAAAGAGGCGAAAGGUGACUACCAUCAUCACUCGCAGGGUCACCAUCCGCACCAUCACCACCACCACCACCAUCAUCAUCCCCACCAUCCACACCACGGACACCAUCACGGGCACCAUGGGCAGAUGGGCUCGGGGCAGGACCGCUCCAUGGCACAGCCGGACCCGACGGGCAGCUCCGAUGGAGUGCUGGAUCUGCAUCCCGACUCGCCGCCGUACGACAAGAUGAACGCGCUCAACAGCAGCCCGGCGCGCACGGCCACCACGAGCCAUCCGUACCACCACCUGCACCAUCCGUCACCGAUGAAGGCGAUCAUUAAAUCGAUGCCGAAGAAGCUGCUCGCGGCUGGCGGUGGUCGAGAGGCACGCUCGCACGGUACGGCAGGCAAAGCGAACGCAGCGACGGCCGGCGGUCAGCCCAGCGGCGGUGGUACGACCAGUGGCGGUGCGACCACGAGCGGCGGUGUCCCGUUCGAGGAUGAGCUGAACGAUGGUGACAUUUCGCCGUACUCGCCCCGCUCGAGCGAUUGUGACGAGCAAAUGUUCGAACCACCGAGCCACGACGGCAACGGGGAAACGCAAACGAUCGCACUGACGGUGGACAACCUGCGCAAGGUGUUCGGGAACGAUCCGAAAACGCUGUACGGCGAUCUGCGGAAAAGCUACCAGCAUCGAUCGGUCAUUGCGGUGGACGAAAUGUACAAACCGCAUAAAAUGACGCUGGAAAUGCUGGAUGAAAUACCUGACUCCGCGGUCGACAUGCAGGUCAAGGAAAAGCUCAUCAAAAAGCUCCAACGGCAGGAGCGAAUCGUGGAGGAGGUGAAACAUUGCCUUAAGCCUCACUUCAACAAGAAGCGUAUCGACAAGGACGAAUACAAGGAGAUUAUGCGAAAGUCUAUCCCCAAGAUCUGCCACAGCCGUUCGGGAGAAAUCAAUCCGGCCAAGAUACAGGCCCUCAUUACGGCGUACGUCAAGAAGGCGAUCGCCAAACGGAGACUGAUGGGCGGCGAAGGAUCCGCCUCCGGCACACCGUUGGUAAACCCGGGCAGCUACGGGAUGCCGGCGGGCACGGCCACCGCUACGGCAACCUCCAUACCCCCGGUAAUGCUAAUGAACCGUUGAGCAAACCCGUACAGUGUGUGCCCAAGACAUGGGUUUGUUUUCGCGGUCGUGUAUAUCAGUGGUUGUUCCGGUUUGUCAAUCAACGUAGCGCUGGUAUCCAUGUAGAAUAUUGUGACGUAUGGAGAACAAAACAGCAACCACGGAGACCAGCGCAGAGAGCUUAACGAGGCGAAACACAUGGGCGGGAAGAGCGCUAGAGGGGCGUAGAAACAAAGAGAGAGAAAGAGAAAGUAGAACCUGCUCCUUGAUGGGGUGUCGUCGUUUCCGGUAGUGAAUCCAUCCGCGAUGUAUUCCGUCUGUAAGUGCUUGUUAGUUGUACCGGUUCCCUUUCGGCCCGUUAAAGUAUGUACGCGCGUUUUCCGCAAAGGUUCCGUGUGUUCAAUACCGUACUGCGGUGGUGUACGUGCAAUAGCUCAAUAGCUCGCCUAACAUCUAGUGCUUGCGUUGUGUGGAAUUCUGUACAAGUUGAUUUCAUUUACCCAACAUAAAAAAAACGAAAUUUUGCUCGAAAUAUGUUCUCAGCUGAGCAUAUCCGGAUGGUGCAAAGGAAAGUGUGUCGUCCCCUCUAACUCCUUCCCCAGAUUCAUUUUGCAUCCAACGGUACGGUUGAGUGACAACAUAGUGGCCCAUGGAGUACGGUUGCCCUAAAGACCGAGUGUAUGUGUGUGUGUGCGUGCGUGUGCGUGUGUGAUUGUAUGUAACAUGAAUAGCAAAAUCCAUUAAGCAAACGUACAUCAAUAGCGAAUCGCGCGGCAACAUGUAGAAUUGCAAACCCGAAUAUAGUGCGAAGGUUAAAGGACGACACAUCAGCGCCAAGUGAAAUGCAAACCAUCUUCGUAAGUGCUGCACGAUACACGGGCCCGCUGCUUUGUACAACUUUUUCCCCGUUUUCUUAUCCGUUCUUCCUUUUCGGGUUAAUCCUCUUAGUCCUUAGUCCUCCCUCGCUUCCUUCCGUUGCCGGUUUUAUGUUUUAGGAACCCGAAGGUAAUAUGUACACUAACGCAGUGUUUUCAGCGCGGUCUACUGGUGGAGGUGGCCGUACAUCGCUCACCAUUAUUCAACGGAACUAUCGAUCACACGCACUUCUCAUGGAGGAGAAUCAGUAGAUGGCGCUUAGUGGCCAUUUGGGGACAAUCAUUUCAUUUGUGCCCUUCACCACCCUGAGUCUGAGUAAGCUCGUGUGUAGAAAAACUGUGACGAAACUAGAUAUGUACAGUGUAUUGUAUCUCCCAUUAGCCACUGAUACACGCUGCUGAUACGAGAUGUCAGUGGAAAAGCUGAUGUAAAGCUAUAUUAGUUGCUAUAUCAAGAGUUGAAAACAAACAGUAACAUUAACUAAGAUCUGCAACAAAAACGAAAGAGAGAGAUAGAGAGAGAGAGAAGUAGGGAAGAUUAGUUUACCUUUUACAAAUGCCGAUACAUAACAAAAAAAUAUGUUUAUAAACUAUCUCAACGGCGGUAUAAUGACACCGUCCGUACUCGUUCCUUUCCUCUGUCCUUCCACCCAUUCGGUAUGUAAAUGGUAGUUGAUGGCACCAACAGACACGGUGCAUCGAUCAUACACACACACACACACCAUACACGCACACUAAAACAAAAACAGACAUAAUAAUUAGAAGAAUUUCCCCCCGUUUUAUGACUGUCAUGCCCCUGUCGUCGUUGUUACGAAAUGAGAGCAAAGCAAGAAAAUAAAAUGUAAAUAGCUGUAAAAUGGUUGAAAACAAA